GUCGCCACAAUUUUUUUUUUGACAUUGACAGAUUAGUCAUUUUAAUCCGUUGUUUAUUUCGCAUUUUCCAUACUUUUGCGUUUUAAAUAAUGACUACGGCUGCAAGACCAACGUUCGAACCUGCCAGAGGUGGCCAAGGGCGAAAUGAAAAAGAUCUUAGUGCAAUUUCUCGUCAAUAUUCAAGUAGAGAUCUUCCAGGACACACCAAACUAAAAUAUAGAGAACACGGUCAAGGUACAACUGAAGAAGUAAGAAAUCGCGAUUUUCGUAAAGAACUCGAAGAACGCGAAAGAGAAGCCCGCGGAUCGAGAGGAAAUAGACCAUCUUCAGAACAAACAAAACGUUUAAAACUCGAUCAAGUUCCUGCGGCAAGUUUAGACGCGGAUGAUCCCCUUGAGGAAGAUUCAGAUUCUUCGGAGAGUGAUGAAGAUGAUACUGAAGCUCUUUUGGCUGAGUUAAACAAAAUUAAGAAAGAAAGGGCGAUGGAACAGGCUAAAAAAGAGAUCGAACGGCGACAGGAAGAAGAAAGGAUACGAAUGGAGAAUAUUUUAAGUGGAAACCCCUUAUUGACACAUUAUUCAGCUGGUUCUGCUAAAUCAGAGCAUAAAGUAAAAAGGCGAUGGGAUGAUGAUGUCGUUUUUAAGAAUUGUGCAAGAUCCGAACCAGAAAAAAAGAGUAAUGUUUUUAUUAAUGAUUCGUUAAGAUCAGAUUUUCAUAGGAAAUUUAUGGAAAAAUAUGUUAAAUAAUUUAAUAAUAAUUAAUGAAUUGGUGUUUAAGUAAUAAAUAAAACUA